AUGCUCAGAAGGAUUAACCGGACAAAACCGCAGCUGCGCCCUGUGCUGCCCGGGCAUCGAGCACUUCAUGUGCUUUUCGUGGUGGCGCAGCGUGCCACUGGCUCCAUCGAUCCUACCGCAAGCAUUGUCGCAUUCACCUCUACGAGCACGAUAGCAUUCUCCUCCGCCCUCGCGGUCGAAUCUCAUGUAUCAGCUCAGCUGUCCCAGCUUGCAAGUGUGCCCCCAAUUCCUCUUCCCACCACCAUCGACAACUACAAGACUUGGACACAGGUUGCGAGUCUGAUGCCUCCCUUGCAAACCAAAAAUGUCAAGGCAGACACCAUGGAGAUGGUGGCCGCAGUGAGGGAUGCCAUCAAGACAGAGUCCGACUCCGGGGCCACGAUCCAGAGUCUUGCCGGGCGUGACGCCGCGCUGAGGGUCAUGAUUGUCGGGGAUUCAAUGACCCAAGGCCAAGAAGGGGACUACACCUGGCGCUAUCGAAUUUGGGACGCACCGGCUCUGCCCCCCCUCUACGGAUCGAAGGCGGUGCCCGGACAGCCCAAGACGAGCGGUGGAUAUGCCGCGGGGGUUCCCUCCAGCUUUGAUCGGGACCAUUUCGCGGUCUGGGGCCGUGCGGCGGCGGUGGAUAAGGGAUUGAUCUACGAUGUGCUCAGCGCACACUCCGCUGAGCUCAUGUUGCUGAUGCUGGGAUUCAACGACAUGGGUUGGUUCUACAGUGACGCGGCUGGUACCCUGGACAGUAUUCACACUCUGGUCACCAACGCCCGUGCCGUCAAUCCGAACCUGAAGUUCGCCAUCGCCAAUGUACCGCAGCGAAGCUUCAUCGGAGGUCGCGAUGAUCUUCCGAUCAGCACCAAUAUCUACAACGCCCUGCUGCGGAACGCGAUUCCGACUUGGAGCACCGCGGACUCACCCAUUCACCUUAUUGAGCUACAGGAGAAUUACGACUGCGAGCCAAGCGGAUGUCCCGCAGGCUACGAUGGCCUCCAUCCCACUGCGACGGGCGAAUUUCAGAUAGCUCGCGCAUUCAGUCUUACACUGGUAAACGACUUUAAGAUUGGAAGCUCGCCGUUGUCUAUUCCCGGUAGCAUUCCAGGAAGAUCACUUCCAGUGCCGACUAACUUCAAAGUGUUCAGCAGCGCUACAGGAGUCACCGCAACAUGGGAUCCGGUGUAUGGAGCAUAUAGCUACGACGUCUCCUCUCGAAUUCAAGGAGGAAUUACUGACUUCUCUGCGGGAAGUGUCACGUCAGCCCGCUGGGACUCGACAUGGCCCAUCGACGGCUGGGUCUACGAAGUCAAAGUGCGUGCCAGUGCUGGCGACGACAUCAAAGGUGACUGGACGACGGUGUUGUCCGCCACCGCCCAUCCGCAGACGGCAGCAGCUCCGCAUAACGUGUUAGUCAAAGCAACGGCCACCGGAUUCGAUAUCUCCUGGGACCCUCCGACAGGUGCCUACACCGACUCGAUCCGCGAGUACAACGUGCUUUACUGGGACAAGUCCGAAGAUUGCACCUUCAUAAUGGGCGGCGCUUUUACGGGCACCUCCGGACACAUCGACGACCUCACACCGGGCCACUACCAUUUUGUGGCCAUUGUGACAUGGAACGCAGCGGGCGAGGGCUUCCCAGCGUUGGUAGCAGGAGUGGUACCCGGCGCUGGGACUCCGCCGCCGCCCACGGAUUUGGUGAUUGUGGCCAAUGACCCGACGACCAUUCAUAUGACCUGGGCCAAGUCCGCAAACGCGGCGGGGUAUAGGUUGUGGAAUCGAAAUGUGCACGAAUCGGGCAGUGCGCUCACGGCGCUGAAUGCGACGGUGGAAACCACUUGCAGUGACCAGUAUUUCCUUUUUCCGGGCACCUGGAAUUAUGAGUGA